AUGGGAGUGAAAGGCCUUUGGUCGAUAGUAUCCCCUGUGGGGGUUCGGGUAAAUCCUGAGAUUUUUACAGGGAAAAGAAUAGCAAUAGAUGUAAGUAUAUGGCUAUAUGAAUUGACAUAUGCAAAUAAUAUGAAAGUACUUCGAAAUAAUUCCUUUGAUCAUUUAGGUAUUUUUAAUGAUUUGUGGUUAGAUUUUUCUGAAAAUAUGAAUAAUGAAAUUAAAACAGAUAGUUUAAAAAAAGCACACUUAUAUUUUUUUUUUUUAAGAAUAUGUAAACUGCUUUAUUAUAACAUAAGACCCAUUUUUGUAUUUGAUGGGAAUCCACCUGAACUGAAAAGAAAAACUAUAUUUCAAAGAAGCAUAAAAAGACGAAAUCAUGAAGAAAGAUUUAAGAAAACUGCCGAAAAAUUAAUUUAUAAUUAUUAUCAAAGAACAUUAUUAAAAUCUUUGAAAAAUAAAAAAAGCACGUCAAACAGGCAAAUGGAGUAUGAAAAAGGUGCUCUUGAUAAAAAUGGAAUAACGAAUUAUACAGCACCUCCAUCUAAUAAUUUAGUAGAAAUUUAUGACAGCAUUAAAGAAAAGGAUGCAUCUCUAAGUAGUAUGGUUGAACAGGUUGGUAAUGUUCAAGUAAGUGUGAAGGAUGUUUUGAGUAUUUGUAAUGAUGAUGAUUUAAAAAAAAUACAAAAUAAAGUGUUUACGUUAACUGAUAUGGAUAUUCUUACGAAACUGAGUGACCAGAAUGAAGUGUCGAAUAGAAGCAGAUUAACGAAUGAUAAUAAAGAGGUGGAGAAAAAAAAAGACACGAUGGAAACUUCAGGGCGAACGGAGGAUAAUGAAAUGUGUGGUAAGGACCACGUAGAUGUGGAAAAUGGUGAUAGUGAUGUUCAUAAUGAUAAUGAAGGGGACAAGGAUGAGAAUGACAAUGAGAAUGACAAUGCCAGUGAGAAUGAGGAAAUACCCGCUAUUAGGAAUAAUGAUAAUGCUAACAACAUUGAUAACGAAAUAAACGAAGAAAUUGUAAGAAAAAAAAUCAUUGCUAGGAAGAAAUAUUAUGAAAACAUUCCCAAAAAUUUUAAAGGCUUUUUAUGUAUGAGAAGACCGGUAGAUAUUAUUGAUAUAAGCAAUUAUAAUACGGACAUUAUGGAGUUUACAGAAAGGUUAAAGGUAAACGAUGGAAAAUAUGGUCGUAAGGGAAACACAGACAAUAUAACUUUUAAAAAAUAUGGCACUUCAUCAAACAUUGUUGGAACUAUGGUACAGGUCGACGAAAAGGGGAGAGACGAUUUUAUGCACGGAAGAACAGGUUACUACACGGGAGGUAGCAAAGAGAAUAGGGUUGAGAAUUGUGGUGAAUGUAGCGGCUCCAAUAGUAGUUACAAUUACGAUGGAAAUAAUAAUGAUAGUGCAGGAGAAGGUAACGUGUUCGACAUAGAGCACAUACACUCAUCGAAUGAUACUUUAUAUAGGACGGUAGCAAGAGAUAACUAUAGCACAGGUGCUAAUGCAGGUGAUAGCACAAAAGCCAUUGCUAACGUAGGUGUUAACGUUGGAGCUGACGUUGAUUCGGAUGAUAGGCCCAGUGAAAAGAGCGUUGGGUCUAAUGUAGAGAAGGGGAAAAAAGACAUAAACAUACUGGAACUGCCAUCUACUAUUAGCAGUUCCAACCUUUUCCUAGAUGGCAAGGAUGAAUACAAAGUGUAUUAUGUAAAUAAUGAGGAAAUUAAAAUACCCAUGUUUAAAGAAAUUAAUAAAGAAAUAUUUGAAAAGCUUCCAAUUAAAUUGCAGUAUCAAAUUCUACAAGAUAUAAAGGAAGAGUGGUAUACAGAUAAUAGAAUAAAAGCAAUAAAAUCUAAAGAUAACAUGGACAUAUUUUCACAAGUGCAAUUAGAAACUUAUGUAAGGAUGAUAAAAACAGAUUUCGAAAUAGAAAAAUUAAAAAUAAAAAUGGCCGAGAAUAUUCAAAAUGUGGAAGGGGAACUAAUUAUAAAUAAAGAGCUGUCCAAACGUUUUGAUAGUUUGCAUAUUAGGGAUUAUAAUGAUAUUAAAAAGAUGAAGAAAAGGAAGAGGAAGAAAUAUAUAAAUGAUAUACUUAAUAAUUGCUACUUUGAGAAUCAGAGUGGCGCUUAUGAGGACCUAUACAUUAAGGAGGAGGGGGGAGAGAAAGAAAUGGGGGUAGUAUCAUUGAUAGAGAUAGGAGCAGGGGAAGGAGCAGUAACUAUGGAUGUAGCGGAGGAAGAAUCACAGGCUGGUAAUGACGAAUACACGAAAAGACAUAACAGAGAAAUAGAUGAAAGUUGUAAUACAAAAGAAUGGAAUAAAGGUGUAGAAUUACGGACUAUUCAAAUGCGUAUUUUUAAAAAAGAGGAAACUGAAGAGGAAAAAAAAAAAGCGUUCAUAAAAAUGGAAAACGAAUUUAGAAAAGAUCUCUUACUAGAUGAUAAGGAAAUUUUUGGUAACGAUUUUUUGGACAUGGUGGUUGUAAAUCAGAAGGAAGAUUUAAAAAACAUGAACAGUUCAGGUGAUGAUAAAUUUAUUCCAAAGUGUAAUCAGGAAAGAGAAAAGGAAGCAGUUAAGUACAUUGAUCUAAUUGAUGUUGAAUGUGAAUCGAGUAAGAGGUAUAGGAAAAGUGUAAGUAAUGCCCCUUAUGGAGAGGUAAUAAAUAUAUGUGGAGAAGAGAAGGCUGUGGAUAUAGGUGAACACAAUGAAAUAAAAAGCGUCCUAUUAGACAAGACUAACGGGGAAAGUGGACAGUUAAAAGAAGCAUCAUUAAUUCAUGAUAUUGAAGGAACAGAAGAGAGGAGAAAUGGAGCAUCCAGCGAGUUAUCUAGUUAUGUUGUCGUUGAUGAUGAUGAAGUUGACAGUGAUCAUGUUGUUCAUGUUGAUGAUGAUGAUGAUGAUGAUGAUGAUGAUAAUGAUGAUAAUGAUGAUAAUGAUGAUGUUGUUCAUGUUGAUGUUGAUGAUGAUGAUGAUGAUGAUAAUGAUGAUGAUGAUAAUGAUGAUGAUGAUAAUGUUGUUCAUGUUGUUGAUGAUGAUAAUAAUGUUCAGGGAGAUAAUGAUGACGACUUUGAAAAUUGCAGUGUUCAGGAAAAGGAAGUUUUUGAUGAUAGGGCCUUGCAUCAUGGUCAAGAUGUUGAAAUAGAUUUAACAUAUGAGGAUGAACUGCCUGAUGGGGGUAGAAAGAUGGAUGUCAGUGAGUUGGCGAUGGAUGACCCGUUUGAAAGGGUAAGUCGAGAUAAUAAUGAUGAAGAUGGCAAUGAAGCAAAUGAUGAAGAUGGUGGUGUUGUCUUUGCAUGUGUGAGCAACGCAGAUCGGGAUAUCAACAGCUUAGAUGGUAGUAGAAUUCGUAGCUGUAGUAGCAAUGUAAGCGAAAGUGCUGCAGGGAAAGGGGGGAACAACGAAGUUUAUAUCUGCACUACUGACAACUGCAAAUAUGGUUACGAAGAUGAAGAUGAAAACAGAUUCAAUAAUAAAAUUAUAGAAGAAAGUUCAGAUAUGAGAGAGGAUAAAAUAAAUGUUUUAGAAGACCAACAGAUGGAAGCAAAAGGCCCAGUUGACCGUGAUAAGGAGGGGGACUACGAACCAAUUAACAGAUCGAUUGAUAAGUUAGCGUUCCAACAAGAAUGUGAAGAGAGUAAACAAAAUGAAGAAAUUAAAGGGGAGAAAAAAUGUAUUAAUGAGCAUUUUUCGGAAAGUCCACAUGAUGAUGGUAAACAAAUGAAUGCUCCAGAUGAAUUGAUAAAAGUAAGGAGUAGAAAAAGUUUUCUUACCAAAGAGGAAAUUAAUAACUUGUUAUUAAACAAAGGGGAUAUAAGUAAUGUGGGAAAGGAAGUAAGUCAUUUUGAACUUAUACUAAACACUAAGGAGUUGAUGGACAAAUUUACAGCAGAAAUGGAUGGCGGUGGAGAUGAUGCUAUAGAUGGCAAUAGACACUUCGAGCAGAGUGAGAGUGUGCAGCACAUGGACCAAGACGACUGUGCAUAUUUUGAAUAUCUGGAGGAUAGUAAAGUCAUUGACUCAUACAUAAACGAAACGAAUAAAGAAAAGGAUGAGUUGAUAAAAGAAUAUAAAAAAUUAAAAAAGAACAAUAUAGAAAUAAAUGAUGAAAUGAAUGAUGAUAUUAAACUAUUGCUAAACUUUUUUGGAAUUCCAUAUGUACAGUCUCCAUGUGAAGCAGAAGCUCAAUGUUCAUACUUAAAUAAUCAGAAUUAUUGUGAUGCUAUUAUAAGCGAUGAUUCUGAUGUAUUAGUAUUUAGUGGAAAGACAAUUAUAAAAAAUUUUUUUAAUAGAAAAAAAACAGUAGAAGUAUAUGAAAAGAAAUUGAUAGAAGAUAAACUAGGUUUAUAUCAGGAAGAAUUAAUUAAUAUAUCAUUAUUAUGUGGAUGUGAUUAUACUAUUGGUGUAUAUGGGAUAGGUAUAGUGAAUGCGUUAGAAAUAAUUAAAGCUUUUCCUAGUUUUGAUGAUUUAAAAAUUUUAAAAGAAAUAGUUUCUAAUCCUUUUAGAGAUAUAAAUAUGGAUAACUAUAAUGAUGAUAUAAAACAUUUUUUAGAAACUCAUAAAAAUUAUAAAUUGAAUUGGGUAUUUCCAAAUAAUUUCCCAGAUAGACAAGUAUAUAAAUGCUUUAAAUACCCCAAGGUAUGUACUGAUAUUAAAAAAUUUGAAUGGCAUUUUCCAAACAUCAGCCAUAUUACGAAAUUUCUAAAUACUGCUACCAACAUUCCUGAGGAAAAAAUUUUUAACGUUCUUAACCCUAUUUUACUUAAGUACGAUAUCAAGGUUCGAAGUUACCAACUCAAAAUCGAAGAUUUCUUUCCCAUCAUUGAGCGGAAGCGAAAGAGUGUCGAUGAUUUGAUCGACAUUAUUCGAGCAAGCAAAAAGGGGGGAAGCGGUACAAAGGGUGGAAAUAGAACGAAGGGGGGAAGUGGCUUAAUGGACCAGACUAUUACCUCUUUGAUUGAUGUUAACCCCGCUGGCAUAAUUAAGUCGAAGCGGAUGACAAGGGCCUUGGACCACAUAAAGAAGAGGAGGAGCACUAAGAAAAAGAAGUAG